UCCAUUACGGUAACAGCCGUUUACUCUCCGUCCAUUACGGUAAUACCGCAGAAACAGGAAGUGAGCUCAACAGAAGCGGCAGCGUUUGGUUUUCUGUUUGGAAGAUGAAGCUGAAAUGACUGAAAGUGGCGCUCAGCUGUUUGCCCGUCUGGAGGCUCGGCGUUCUCUGAAAGACGUUGAACCUCGCCUGUUUCCUGAAGACGGAGGCCCCGACCACGGUGAGGUGGUGGAGCUGUAUGGAACGGAGGGAACAGGUAAGACGGAGCUGCUGUACCACCUGCUGUGUCGCUGUGUGUUGCCCGUGGCGUGCGGCGGCCUGGAGGUGGAUGUUGUGUUCGUGGACACCGACUACAGUCUGGACAUGUUACGACUCGUCAGCAUCCUAGACAGCAGACUGAACGCAGACGAGGCAGCGUUGCGUUCAUGUCUCUCUCGUCUCCUGGUUGUCCACUGCUCCUCCUCCUCCCAGCUCCUCCUCACCCUCCACUUCCUGGAGACGUCGUUGUCGUCGCGGCCCGGCCUGGCGCUUCUCCUCAUCGACAGCAUCUCCGCUUUCUAUUGGCUGGACCGCUGCGAGGGCGGGGCCAGUGUCGCCAAGCAGGAAGAGAAGCUCAGCAAAUGUGCAGUGCUGUUGGGCCGACUGCUCAGGGAUUACAGAAUCACCGUCUUCGCCACCUGCCACGCCAUAAGGAGGAGCUGGAGCGGCCCCUCCUCUUCCUCUUCCUCCUCCUCCUCGGACUACGACCGGCCCUACCUCUGUCACCCCUGGCAACGCCUGGUCACCCACCGGCUGCUGUGCUCCAGGCAGGAGGCUGCAAACAACAUGGCCGCCACAGCAGGAGGCAGCAAGGAGCAGAGGAGGCGGCAGGUCUUCACCGUCCACUGCACCUCCUCUUCCUCCUCCUCCUCCUCUUCCUCCUCCAGGACGAAGACUUACCGGAGCAGCUCCUUCUGCGUGACGGACGGAGGAGUGGAGUUUAUCUGAGCCGUCACCGCCCGCACACUAAACGUCUGUUCAUGCAAUAAUACGACACAUUUCCCCCUCUCAUUCCCCCUGCUCUGGUGUUUCCCCCUCUCAUUCCCCCUGCUCUGGUGUUUCCCCCUCUCAU